UCGAUUUCUUAUUUUUCCUUCAUUUGUUCGCACGCCUGUCAGGCGAUGCGCGUAGCGCUUUGCGCUGUAAUGGCCUCAUCUAAUUUUAUUGUACAUUUAACAAUUUUAUGAUAUUUGUAGUACAAAUACAUUUGGUAGUGUAAUUUAGUUUUUAUUUAUAUUCAUAUUUAUAAUUCCGAUAAAUCAAAAUGGCGAAUCAAUCCCAUAAAUCUGUGUAUAGAUUGGUUUUAACUGGAGGACCUUGUGGCGGUAAAACAACUGGACAAUCCCGUCUCAGUACUUUCUUCGAAAACUUAGGAUGGAAGGUGUUCCGAGUGCCGGAAACGGCUACCGUGCUACUAAGUGGUGGUGUAAAGUUUGGAGAUCUCAGUCCAGAAGAAGCGGUGAAAUUCCAAGAAAACCUAUUGAAAACUAUGAUACAGAUUGAGAAUACGUUUUUUGAGUUGGGGAGGACUUGCCAGAGGAACUGCCUCAUAAUCUGUGAUCGUGGCGCCAUGGACGCUAGUGCAUUUAUUUCCAAGGAGAAGUGGGAGGAGAUGUUGAACGCCAAUAACUGGAACAGCGUUGAACUGCGCGACAACCGAUAUAAUCAAAUUGUUCAUAUGGUAUCCGCUGCGAAUGGUGCGGAGGACUUUUAUUCCACCGAGGACCACGCGUGCCGAUCUGAAGGCGUGGAGUUAGCGCGGGAACUGGACUACAACGCGGCCGCGGCUUGGGUCGGUCAUCCGUACUUCGACGUCAUUGACAACUCAACAGACUUCGAUAAGAAGAUGAACCGACUCAUUGCUUGCGUGUGUCAACGUAUCGGUAUCGAUACUGGCGAUCGACUUAACGUUAACUCUAAGAAGCGCAAGUUCCUCGUCAAGACGCCAUUACCACCGGAUACGGAGUUCCCUCCGUUCCAGGACUUCGAUGUGGUGCAUAAUUACUUGCAGAGCGACUUCCGUAAGGCGCAGGUGAGGUUGCGCAAGCGUGGUCAGAAGGGCCACUGGUCGUACAUCCACACGGUGAGGAAGUUCCACCCGAGCAAUGGGCAGUCUGUGGAAGUACGGACGCAGUUGACGCACCGCGACUACCUGAACCAGCUGCCGCAGCGAGAUGAUGCCCACUUCACUAUAUUCAAGAAACGUCGCUGCUUCAUAUACAACAAUCAGUACUACCAGCUGGACAUCUACAGGCAGCCCACGCAUCCCAGGUGUCGUGGAUUGGUGUUACUUGAGACAUACAGCGCGGCGUACGAUCAAGACGCGCUUUUAGAAUCAUUGCCCAAGUUCCUAACUAUAGAAAAGGAGGUGACCGGCGACCCUGCUUACUCUAUGUAUAAUUUAUCGCUAAAAGAAGAUUGGAAAACUUCAAAAAAGUAUUACUCUGGCAACGAUCAGAAUGGACAAGCUAAGUGGAGUAUGAAUGGUCACGCCGGUGACAAAUUUAUUUGCCAUAGCGAUAAGAUGAACGGCUUCGGUGGCGAUAAAGUCAACGGCCACGCUGAAAAGGUGAACGGCUACGAGGGCAAGAUGAACGGCCACCACAAGAGGAACGGGCACGCCCCCCACGGCCUCCUCUCCAAUGGGCUGGUGAUGAACGGCAAAGCUCAUGACUCGGAGCUCGCCAACUUCAAGAGUCACGGUGAUAUGAGAACACCAAAGAUACCCAAGAAAGUCGCUCUUAAGACUUAAACACUACUAAAUGUAUUCUAGAAUUACUUUAUAAAAUUCCUCUUUAUAAUGUUUCAAUAUACACAUGAAAAUUUCAUAGAAGUUAAGGUUAAAUAAAGUAAAAAAUUCGUGUCUAGUAAAUGACUACGUUACCGCCGUUGCAAUUUGAUCAGUUUUAUGCAAUUUGUAUUUGUGUAAUUUUUAUAAAAGUCAAAUGAAAUCUAUUUUUAUAUUUAUCCUGAAUUAUUAUGUAUAAAACACUGCGCCUUGCAAAAUAAUUUCAAUAUCGAGAUGUAAACUCGUUUAUAUUGUUUGUGCCUUUACACAGUAUUGAAUGUAUUUCGCAUACCUGUCAUAGUACUUAAUAAACGCAAUAAUUUUUAAAUAAGCGUUGUUGCAUUGAAACUAGAAUAAUAGAUGAAUUUAACAAUGAUUUUUAUGUAUAAGUUGGUAAAAGAUAUGCUCUCCAUGGAGUUUUUAUUCUUAAAAUAUAUUUAUUGCUAGCUGAGGCCAAUCGAUUUCAUGAAUUAGAAAUAAAAAUUUAAAGAUCUUGAUGUUGUAUCGUCAUAGUGAAUGUAGUCUCCGUUUGUUUUAAGCAACUUGUAGUGCAACAAAACUUUUCGCUUAAAAAAUGUCUACAUACCUAAAAAUGAAUUUUGUGACUGCAAAUAAAUAUGAUUUUGAAUGUACUUAUUUUAAUUUUUAUCAUUGCUAUUUAUUUAAUCAUUUUAAUUGUUUAUUUCUGUAUAUAAAGGACUUUCUAUUUAAAACUAUAUCAGUGCAAUUUAUCACUAUUUUUAAUGCAUCAAUGAAAUUAAUAUUGUUAGCACAGCAAUAUGAAGACUGUUCCAUAGUUAUCUGCUGGACAGACUUCUGAAUAUAUUUCGUAUCUCUUUCUAUUCAAUAUCCGCAGGUUCAGUUUUAUCCUCGGACAUAAUUUUAAUGGCUGUGCUUAAUGUAGUGAUAUCAGUACCUUUGUAGUAAAUUUUAGAGGCAAAUCCUUUUAAAAUGUCAUUUAAUGCAACCAUUAAAGUGGCAAAAUGUUGUGUACUAAAAAAAGGAAAACCCUUCAUUUCUUGUUCAAUUGUCUUAAUUAGUAAACUCUCAAUUCCCUGUCGUAUUUUUGAAAGAACUCAUCAAUUGCUAAUCAUAUAAGAUUUUGCAAUUUAUAUGUUCAAUGUAUUAGUGAACAACACAACAUAGUGCCAUUAAAAGCCUUUUGGGUUAAAGAUUUUAAACUGCUGCAUGUUUUCCGCGUCGUUUCCUAAUAAAAAAUACAUGCAAUGAUA